AUAGUAUUUUUGGUUUUUGGAGCUUGAAGGUCAUCAAGAAUGCAGACAGCGCAUAAAAGCACUGGCUUGCAAAACUGAGGCAGUAGCCGGACAUGAGACGCUGCAUUGCGGCUUCUUAUUCCCGCAAGUAAGCAGCAGAUCGAAUCUAUCAGUGAUACGCAUGGGGAACUCCUUGAAUUGAAGUGCGGAAUAGCGGGACAACAAGAAAUGUCGAACAUGACCAUCAUGUUCCUAGCGGUCAUGCACGAAGUUCUUGACAUGAGCAUGAGCACCAACGUGCAUUCUAUAUUUGUGGAAUGAAUUCAGACUCGGAUAUCGCUCGUUGUCAGUGGGGACCAAUGAGAGACGAUACUGCGACGUCUAUGGAAUUUCAUUCCAUGCGGCUGUACAACGAACUUAGUACAUACCUGCAGCCAUUACUCUGAAUCACCAGGUAUACAUUCAGGUCACGAAUAAUUUGUUCGCCGCUUCUUACGACGACGCCCAUGUUCUUUGCUGUCAUGUCAGUGAGACCUCAGCCACGUUCCAUUACAAGAGCCUCAGCAGCACACCAGUGUAAGCUACACCAGAACUCGAAAUCGCCAUUAUGCAAUUCAACCUCUUCAACACCAUUUGCACUGCCGUGCUCGCCGCUAAUUAUGUUACGGCGACAGCAGCUUCGUCUCUUUUUGCAAGGCAAGACACUUGCACUGUCCCGACGGGUUGUUGCACGGCUUUCUCCCUUUCGGGCACAUUUCUUGGCAUUCCCCUUCCGACCGUCCCAUUUGGAGAUACCUGCGCUCUACCUGGAGGUCCAGGUGGCGUCUGCACUCCAGGAACUACGACUACUGCAUCUACUGGAACCAUCACAGUCAACAGCAUCAUUGGGUCUUGUGUCUGAACAAUCUACCUCGUCUACAAAUAGGGUGGAUAUACAAUGAUAUUGGUUGUAUUGUGAAUAAGUCAGCGUCUGUAAC